AUGGAGGAGGACCGUGCUCAGACAGAUCUGGGCAUCGCCGCCGAUAUCGAAGAGGCUCAGAACUUGUCGCCAUCAGCCAGCGAGUCACAGAUAACACCGCCGCCACUUCCGGCCCAGACAGAAGAAGAUCAGGCAGUCCAGCCGCCGUCGACAGCAAAGAGCCCGGGAGAUGCAGUGAAGCAGCCGAAGAAGAGGUUCGUCGGGCGGAGAGCCGCUACCGAGGCAGCCGCCGCCACGGCGGCGACGGGAGAUGAGUUGAGCGACAGCCGUGCCAUUCAACGAGCCAGACCUCGCAGACCUCCACGUCUACUGAACCAGGUCCCCAAAGAGAUACUGGAGGAUCCAGCCCUCAAGGAAGCCAUGACGCUCCUCCCGUCCAACUACAGCUUCGAGAUCCCCAAGACGAUCCACCGGAUCAGGACGGCGGGCGCGACAAAGGUGGCCCUCCAGAUGCCCGAGGGUCUGCUCCUGUUCGCGACGACCAUCUCGGACAUACUGACGCAGUUCUGCCCGGGCGUGGAGACGCUCAUCAUGGGUGACGUGACGUACGGGGCGUGCUGCAUAGACGACUACACGGCGCGCGCGCUGGGCUGCGACCUGCUGGUGCACUACGCGCACAGCUGCCUGAUACCCGUGGACGUGACGAAGAUCAAGACGCUGUACGUCUUCGUCGACAUCAGCAUCGACACGUCGCACCUGGUGGCGUCGCUGGAGCGCAACUUCGCCUCCGGCAAGACGAUCGCCGUCGUCGGCACCAUCCAGUUCAACGCCACCAUCCACGGGGUCCGCUCCACCCUCGAGCGAGCCGGCUUCAACGUCAUGGUGCCCCAGAUCGCCCCCCUCAGCAAGGGCGAGAUCCUCGGCUGCACCUCCCCGCGCUUCGACGAGUCCUCGCCCGUCGACCUCAUCCUGUACCUCGGCGACGGCCGCUUCCACCUCGAGAGCAUCAUGAUCCACAACCCAGACGUCCCCGCCUACCGAUACGACCCUUACUCGCGCAGGCUCACCCGCGAGACCUACGCCCACGACGAGAUGCGCGACCUCCGCUCCGAAGCCAUCACCACCGCUAAGCGCGCCGGGAAGUGGGGCCUCAUCCUCGGCUCCCUAGGCCGCCAGGGGAACCCCCACACCAUGAGCCUCAUCGAGCAGCGUCUCCGCGACAGGGGCAUCCCCUUUGUCAACCUGCUCCUCAGCGAGAUCUUCCCGGGGAAGCUGGCUCUCAUGAGCGACGUGGAGUGCUGGGUCCAGGUGGCCUGUCCGCGGCUGAGCAUCGACUGGGGCUACGCUUUCCCCAGACCGCUGCUCACGCCUUAUGAGGCACUGGUUGCCCUCGAGGCCAGGGAUGGCUGGGGACAGAGCGCUUAUCCCAUGGAUUACUACGGGAAGGAGGGGCUGGGACGGACAAAGCCGAUAGAGGGUUCGGUGUAG